AUGAAAAUUGCGGUAUCAGGUAAGGUCGAUCAAGUGUUCUUUAGUUUCCGAGGACAGCAACUACGGUACAACUUUGUUAGCCACCUCAGCGAUGCCUUCCAGAGGAACGAGAUUAAAUUCUUCAUUGACAAAGACGUUAAGAAAGGACAAGACCUAAAGAAUCUAUUUGUCAGAAUCGAAGAGUCGAGCAUUGCACUGGCCAUCUUCUCUACUAGGUAUCCAGACUCCAGAUGGUGCAUGGAUGAGCUAGUCAAGAUGAAGAAACUUGUUGAUCAAGGAAAUCUCCUAGUCAUACCAAUCUUUUACAAGGUGAAGGCAAAAGAUGCUAGAAACCCGAAAUGUAGCAGUGAGUUUGGUAGAAACUUCUGGAAGCUCGCGGAAUCAGUUUCUAGUACGUCUAGAAAAUAUCAGAUCGCGCAUUGGUUGGAAGCCUUGCACUACAAAAAAAGAGUGAUCUUGCAACACCGAAAAUUGUUACAAUAA